GGAAUCAUGGGACUGUUAUUUACAAAUGGCUGAUAAAACAAAUCCUAUGAGGAAGAAAUAGUUUUCUUUAUCAGUCAGGAUUAUUGUGGUUUUGAAAUAAAAACGUUUUCAGUACUGUCAGUUGAAUAACAGAAUAUCGUAUCAUUUAUUUAAUGGAAUAACUUUAAUUUAUCAAGUGGGAUUUUUGGAGGACUUGUUUAUUUCUUACCCUCAGCCCUCGAUGGCCCCAACAGUCAGUCAGAUUUGUUUGUAAUUUACUUCUUGUUUUGUUUACUUUGUUGUGUAUAUUCUAGUUGUUUUUUUUGUGCUGGUUUAAAAAACAACGACCCUAGAUCUACUUGACAUUUUUUCAAAUAGCCAGAGAUGGCGAGAGGAGAAUGUUGCUUGAUUCAGAUACAAAGUGAAGAGGAUAUGAUAUACUCCAAGGACUCAUUACAACAAGAAUGUACUUCUCACAGACUUUGCUAUGCUCACCCUAAAAGUUUUUUAAAGAACAUUCUCAGUGGCAGUAGUAUUUUAAAUCUUCCGUGUGUUUGCAAGCUCCAGUCACAAUAAGUGGCAUAUUUUCAUGUACUUAUAAAAAAGGACAUUAUAUUUUUGUAUGUGUGUUCAUCGCACAAUUUACUCAUACUGAACUGUUCAAAACACUAGCUUAGCCUGCACUUUGGUUUAGUAGAUUAUUUUAGGCCUAGAUGUAGAUCUACAUAAUUUUUCUUAGAUUAAAAUCAUUUGAGAAAAUUUUUAUUCAUAUUGGACAAGUUUACAUUUGUUAAAAAAAGAAAUCAUGAAACUACUCGAAAAUUCCAACUUUGAGGCUGUCAACUCUGCUCUAUCCAUGGAUCUCGAGAACAGUAAUACCCAUCUGGAUUUUCGCAUUGAAAGUUAUUCUUGCAAGAUGGCAGGCAAUGAUAAGCGUCUAUUUAAAACUUUGAAUGAAGAGAAUCGUGAAGCUCCUGGGGGUCUGCAAGCCCUGUCUCCUCCACAAGCUUAUGGCUACACAUACAGCUCUUCAAACCCUAAUGAUGGUAAUCUGAUGAUUGGAAGCCAUGAAGAAGGUGGGACACUUUGUGACACAAUAUCAACCAAGACACUUUUCUACCUCAUCUCCACCCUCAAUGCUUCAUUUAAUCCUGACUACGACUUCAGUGCUGCUAAAAGCUCUGAGUUCAGCAGGGAGACCAGCCUAGACUGGGUUGAACAAAACAUCAACUCGUCGCUGUUUGCUGCUGCUGGUGACAGGUUCGGUGCCUUCAAGCAACAGCUGUGGUCAGCUGUGGACGAAGAAAUUUGCCUGAAAGAGUGCUACAUCUACAGUUACAACCCAGACUUAUCAUCAGACCCAUUCAGUGAAGAUGGUUGUAUUUGGUCAUUCAACUAUUUCUUCUAUAAUGUUAGACUGAAGAGAAUUGUCUUCUUUUCUUGCAGAGCUAGUAGGAAUGAAGCUCAAGACUAUGAUGAUGGUAUAGAGACCAAUAUGGAUACCACAGAGGAACUCAUGUUCACUACGGAUGGCAGUCCAUGAGAGCUACAUUGUUGGAUUACAGCUAUCGAUGUCGAUACAGCUUUUUCAUCAAGAUAUUUGAUUUUCUACCGCAACACACAAGAAUUUUUGUAUCUUAAGAUUUUGAUUUCAGAUGACUUUUAUUAUGUGGAUAACUUUUGAUUGCUUUUUCUGUGUAAAUGACUUGUUUAAUUUCAUGACUUCACUCUCUUUAUGUUCAACUUUGAGUAGUGUCCCUUAGCUCCUGCCCAUUGUCAGGUCAGGGCAGUCUUAUGCCCAAGGGCAGGGCAGUCUUAUGCCCACUGUCAGUAUCUGAGAGUCAUGUACCCAUGGGCAUGACAGUCUUAUGCCCAAUGGCAGGGCAGCGUUGUAUCUAGCUGUCCAAGCAGUUCAUUAAAAGCCUAAUAUUGACAACUUUUAAUUAUUAGAGUUAGCAUGAGGUGUUGCCUUUUGAUUAAUAAUCCAGGUGUUGAUGUAGUAUUAUGAGUCUUUGUUUCACCAUGUUGCUCUAGCAAGAGUUGUCUCACCUGGUAUGUUGCAUGCUCUAGCAAGAGUUGUCUCAUCUUGUGGUGUUGCAUGCUCUAGCAAGAGUUGUCUCACCUGUGGUUUUGCAUGCUCUAGCAAGAGUUGUCUCACCUGUGGUUUUGCAUG